AUUAUUUCGCAAUAGUCCAUGACUUUGAACUUGAAUAUAGAAACAAGAUAAGGAAUUUUGAACGACUUAAGUAGGAGCACCAGUUAGUGCGGUCAGUUAGGAAAUAGCCUGCGUUGGCAUAGGCAGCUGUGAAACGAACAAAAUAUGAAGGGAUUUUUAGCACUCGCCGUAUCGGUUAUAUUGCUGGCCCAUCCAUUGAUUGGGUUGAAAUUACCUUCAUUAAAGACGGACUUAAAGGUUAUUAAACAAGAUUUCAUCCAGCCAGUCGUUCAAGCAGAAAGAGUCGGUCUUGACAAAUGUAAAACUUGCAUCGACUUUGCAGGGCAGGCAUUAAACCAGCUCCUUAACAUUAUCUUACAGGGCGGCGUUAUCGGUGGCUGUGCAGAUUUGUGCAAUGCUCUAGCAUCCAAGACGUCACCGGCGAUUGGAACCGUUUGUAACCUACUGUGUGAUAUCGUCGGCGUUGAAGAAUUUAUCAAAAUUAUACAAAAAGCUGAUCUUGACCCUAUUUAUUAUUGUGAGCUGAUUCCAGUCUGCCCCAUCAACGACAAUGGUGACGCAUCUUUCACUUCAUUUACAGCCACACCAAAAUCCGGACCUCAAGGUACAUUUGCUUUAGACUUUGCUUACACAUCCAAGAACGGUACAGGCACUGGCGAAAUUUCUCUUGAAGUCGACACAGUCGACGGUAUUCCACUGGGUCAAAGUUUCUACCACGCACUAGCCCAAGCAGGUGAUUACAAUGGCGAAUUUCAGUUAAAUGCCAAGCCUGAUCCCAACUGUGAUCCAUCGCAAGGUCCUUGUGAACAAUGGCUGGCUGGAGAUUACACUGUCAAAAUAGCAAUAUGUAACGGAGAAUGCGGCAGCAAACAUCCACACAGCCAGAUCUACGAUGAGACGACAACAACUUUCACCAUCACUCAAUAGAUUAACAUAGUGCAGCAUUGAAUUUUUGCAAUAUACAUACAUCUGCUGUCAAUAUGUUCACAUGUAAAUAAUAAUAAAGUAAAUAAAACAUG